AUGCUGAAGAAGCGCUCCAAGUCCAAGAAGCAGCUCUUCGAAGAGAAACUCCAGCCGCAAGUGACAGCAUCAGUGCGACACAAGUCUUUCGUUCGAGCGAGUCUCGUGGUCCCAGGGCCCGACGAUGUGCCGCAGAUAUUCACAAGUCCUCGCGCCUUGAACGUCGAGUGGAAUCUAUGCGACAAGGUGGACCCUGCUCGACGCGUUGACGUCGUCGGUGACCACAAACUUCUUCGCAAGCGACAAAAAGGUCUGUUCGUGGAUAAAAACACCCGACUACACGUGCAUUGUGACACGAGGACGCUGGCACAGAACGAGCUGGAGAUCAUGUGCUACAUCGCCAACUUUUGCGAGACGUUCAAGAUGCCGAUCCACCGAAACGUGGUUCAUCUCCUCGGCUACUACGUCGCCAACGAGAAGCUUCACCAGAUUGUCGAGUUCUGCGAGCUUGGCACUCUGAUGGACGCCUACAUUGAAAGUCCACAGCAGGGGCUGCGUCUCACGUUCUCCCCCACCGAAGGCGAAGUGUGCGACGCCAUGUUUCAAAUCUGUUCGGGUCUGCAAUUCCUCCACGAGCACGGUGUAGCGCACUGCAACCUUGGACUCGAGAAUAUCUUCGUGACCAGUGAAAACAUAUUGAAGAUCGGUGACUUUGAGCACGCGGUGUUCGUGGGAUCUGACAACCAGAACCAGUAUCUGUCAAAGCUACCUCCACCGCCCCUCAAGACGUAUAUGGCGCCGGAGGUCUUGGCCUUCAAGCCUGGUGAGACGAUCGACCUCGAGAAAGCUGAUGUGUGGGCUGUGGGGAUUAUCUUUAUCCUACUUCUCACGAAGAAGCCGCUGUUCGAUGCUGCCAGACCAGACGACAACGGGUUUGCCAUGUUCUCGCGAGUGGGGCUGCGCUCCUACCUGAAGGUCAUGUAUCUCGAGCAGUCAGCGAUUUGCAAACUAUCCGAGGAACUAUUGGAAUUCGCCGAAGGGCUCCUUCACUUGAACCCGCGAGAUCGCUUCACUAUGCGUCAGGCGCUAGAGACCAACUGGCUCAAGAACGAGAAAAUCUCGAGCAGACUACAGUCGCACACGGAUAACAUGGCGCUUGCAUCAUUCCGCAGCGAAGCUCUAAACGCUCAAUCUCUGCGCGAGGACGUCCACAAAGUAGAAUGA